AUGUCGUACGAGUCGUCCGCCGCUGAAGUCGCUGAAGACUACCGUCAAGCUCUCGAAGACUUGACUACCAAUGUGCGGUUCGAAAUUAGCAAUCUCACAAUGAUUGCAAGAGAGCAGACCGAGCAUGCCCAGGUCAUCUCUGAAGUUUUGCAGGACCAUAUCUUGAAGGCGCCAGCGCACAAGAAGCUCCCAGCCCUCUACGUCCUCGACUCGAUCGUCAAAAACGUCGGCACCCCGUACACGCUGUUCUUCGGGGCCAAAUUAUACCAGACAUUCAUGGAAGCAUACGCCGCUGUUGACGGUCAGGUUCGCCGCAAAAUGGAUGAAAUGCUCCGUACCUGGAAAGAGCCUGUUCCUGGAUCUCUUGACAAGCGUCCAGUCUUCGCAUCAGAAGUGACGGCGCCCAUUGAGAGUGCUUUGAUCAAGGCUCGCACAUCAGCUCUCCAAGCUCAACAAGGACGACCAGCAGGCCGCGGCCGACCUGCUGCUGUCCCGUACCGCGAAACACCGACACCGCCAGGUAUGCGACCCGGGUCCAAUCAGCCGAUGCCAUAUAGUCAACCUCCGCCUCUGCCGCAAGCGAAUGGAAACCGACCUCCGAGUGCGCCGCUCCCCCAUCAUCCGCAGAUGGCUCCUUACGCACCUCCUCCACCAUCCUACACUGCCCAACCUUCGGCGGCCUCUGGUCCCUACCAACCCCCUCCGCAGAUGCCAUACGCAGUCGGACUCUCAGGUCCUCAGGCUGCUGGGAUAAACAAAGACUCUCUGGGUCAAGAUAUCCAGAAGUUGAUCGAUGCAUCAAAGUUGGAGUUUGCGCAGAACCCCCAUGACCAUAGUAUUCAACAAAGACUAAAGGCGUUGUUGGAUGUGCAGAGCUUGCUCCAGCAUCAAAACUUGCCCCAGGACCAGCUGGUCCUCAUUAAGAAUCAAGUAGCCGAUCUUGCCGUAAAAGUGAGGCCAUUCUCGGCCCAAAGCUCAACCCAUACUGCUACAAUCGUCUCCCAUCAUCCACCGCCGCCACCUGCGGCGCCUGUAGUACCAUCCGGCCUGCCUCAGCAGCAAGCUGGAGUGACGCUUGAUGCACUCCUGGGCCAAGGAGCUCUUGCUGCUUUGCUGUCUCGACAGUCAGCCACGCCGCAGCUAUCUACACCACCCCCCCCUCCUCAGGCCAGCAUGGCGAUCCGGUCUCCUCCACCACGGAGGGCCGAGCCGCAACGACAGCCUAGUGCACCACCGGCAACAGAUCCUAUGGCUCUGUUGGCUGGCUUACGGCAAGCUGGGAUCCUUCGGGGUGCGGCUCCGAGCGCAACGCCGACGCCAGCAACCCCGGCACCAGUGCCUCCUCCCGGGAUGCCUAUAAUGCCUCCCGGAUUCCUCCCACCUAAUCUUGCUAGCUUGUUGGCUUCAGGCCAAUUGCCACCAAUUCCCCCGCUUGGAGGUAUGAGCGGCAAUCAACUCGAUGCAGCGGCAUUGAAACAACAAUUCCAGCCACAUCUGAUACCGUCUCUCUUUGAGCAAUUGGGCCCUCAAUGCACGCAAUGCGGCAGACGCUUCAAGACAGAUGAUGAGGGUAGAAAGAAGAAGAUGGCGCAUAUGGAUUGGCAUUUCAAGGCCCAUCAACGACUCGCAGAAGCGGAGAAAAGAGGCCAGCACCGCAGCUGGUAUGUCGAUAACAAUGACUGGCUUAAGUCACGAGAAGCCAUCGAUGUCGACCACGUCGCAUCUGCGGAUAGCUCAUCGUCUAGUCCUGGCCGAGGGAAGAAGGAGUUCAAGCCUCGAUAUAUCCCCGUGCCGGAUGCUUCGAGCGGUAUCAACAGCAAAUGUCCCAUCUGCCAAGAGAAGUUUGAGAACAAGUGGCUCGAAGCUGCUCAAGAAUGGGUGUGGCUGGAUAGCAUAUUAGUCGGUAAUCGAGCGUAUCACUACAGCUGUCACUCGGAAGCCACACAAGCACGCGAGAGCACACCAGUGUAUGCGAAGAGGGCGCCCGAGCCAUCGCACGGCAAGAAACGUAAAGCAGAGGGUGAUCAAAAGCCGUUUCGCGGAAAGAUGAAAAAGGAUAAAGAUAAAGACACUGUCAAAUGGCCCAAGGCGGAGCUUGACUACUAG